AUGGAAGAAUUGGUGGUCAGUUCACUGUUCUCGGUCUCAAACGAUUAUGGUAUCAAAGUUCAUCCACCAUUGAACCGAAAGAUGUCCAUAGAUGCUGAGAUCACUAAGAUCAAUGAAGGAAUAGCAAAGGUACACUUGGCACUUUUCAAAUUUGACAAUCAACUGAAUGGAAUCCUGCAAAGUCUCAAUGGAAAUCUCGGAGAUUUCGACAACGGGGUAGAAAAUGCUGUCGGAAAGGUCAACGGUGUCAGCCAGGACGUCAUCAACGUAUUUACCUACUUUCCUGAUGGAGCGGUAUAUUAUUCGGUACUUGUGACGUUGCUGGUGCUACUGAAUAUUUCCUGUCUAUACAUGGUUUACUACAUCUACCGAUGGAUUGUUGAACGCGACUUGCGGUUAGACAAAGAGCUGCGAAGAUACAGGAAGAAAGUGUAUCGCCUGAUCGACGAUAACCGGAUGACUACGAGUUUGGAAAAUAUCGAAACUCCGCCACCAACGUAUGAUGAAUACGUUAGGACGUGA